AUGAAUUACUGUACUAAUUGUUCAACGCUGUCAUGUGGAGCAAGUGAGUACCUGACCGUAUGCAGUAAUACCAACGAUGCAACAUGCAACAAAUGUACCGGUGGCGUGAACGACCCUACCGAAUGUUAUCCCUUUCCUGCUUCCUUGUUAGAAGGAAACCAUCCAGGGACGGGCUCAACUAUUGUGACCAUAAUAGGGUCUGCCCUUGGAAGCACAGAAUACAGUGGGCAGGCAAGGAUAGGGGACACGGCAUGCGAAGGGAGCCGGUGGGCGUCGGAGACGUCGGUAUUGUGCAGAAUUGCGGAGGGAACAGAGAGCGGAUUAACAACACUGGUGACAAUCCUGACCCAUAAGGGAACCGUGACAGGCAUUGCAUCCUAUGAUGCCCCUGAAACAUCAUCAAUGUCAUACAAAAACACCCCAUACAAAAUGAACACCUUGAUAACACUAAUUGGUCAAAUGACACAAACAACGGGGUACAGCGGGGAGGGGCGGGUAGGAGAGACCGGGUGCGAGGGGAGCCGGUGGGAGUCGGAGACGUCGGUAGCGUGCAAGGUAGGGGCCGGGGCCGGGGGGAGCUUGAGGGCAGCGGUGACGGUGUCGGAGCAAGUCGGGACGAGGUCGGAGGCCGGGACGUACGACAGGGGAGGGGCGUCGGAGAUCGGGAGCGGGAACGCGGCGGGGACGGGGGCGAGGAGCGUGACGGUGAUCGGGGCAGGGCUAGGGGCAGCGGAGUACAGCGGGGAGGGGCGGGUAGGAGAGACCGGGUGCGAGGGGAGCCGGUGGGAGUCGGAGACGUCGGUAGCGUGCAAGGUAGGGGCCGGGGCCGGGGGGAGCUUGAGGGCAGCGGUGACGGUGUCGGAGCAAGUCGGGACGAGGUCGGAGGCCGGGACGUACGACAGGGGAGGGGCGUCGGAGAUCGGGAGCGGGAACGCGGCGGGGACGGGGCCGACGGGAGCGGUGACGGUGGAGUCGGGGCAGGGGCUAGGGGCAGGCAGGGUAGGGGCCGGGGCCGGGGGGAGCUUGAGGGCAGCGGUGACGGUGUCGGAGCAAGUCGGGACGAGGUCGGAGGCCGGGACGUACGACAGGGGAGGGGCGUCGGAGAUCGGGAGCGGGAACGCGGCGGGGACGGGGGCGAGGAGCGUGACGGUGAUCGGGGCAGGGCUAGGGGCAGCAGGGUACAGCGGGGAGGGGCGGGUAGGAGAGACCGGGUGCGAGGGGAGCCGGUGGGAGUCGGAGACGUCGGUAGCGUGCAAGGUAGGGGCCGGGGCCGGGGGGAGCUUGAGGGCAGCGGUGACGGUGUCGGAGCAAGUCGGGACGAGGUCGGAGGCCGGGACUUCAACCACCAAAGGCGUGACAUUCGACGCUCUCUUCAUCUCGGAUUCACAGGCCAGGAAUUCUCCUACGACAGGCAACAUCAUGUUCUCGGCUCCAUCAGUCUGUCAAUUGCAGGAUCACAUUUUGCAAUAUUCGAUUCUACUGUCACAUUGCGCCUUCUCCACAGCACUUCUGAAGCGACUGCUUGGAAUUCUGACAGCGCAAUUCAAGCAAAGUCAAGCUUGUCUCAAUGGAAGCACCAAGCAUAUCUGUGCCAUCCAAUGCAAACUCGCCUUCCACAGGAUCAACACUCUUCACAGUCAUGGGUUCGUACUUCAGUCGUCAAAUAUCUCAAAGAGCUCGCAUUCAUUCGACUGCCAUGUUGAGCACCGUGUGGGAUUCGGACACAAGCCUCAUUGUGAGAUGUUCUCUCAGUUCGACCUCCUCGCGCAUCCUCGUCAUCACUUCUUCCGAGCUUGCUGUGAUGUGAGCCGUCGAAAUUAUCAACCAGCCUUGUCUACUCGGGUUCAGCUCUACGGUUCGAAGUUUGGAAUCCUAGCGACUACUGGCAAGUCAAUCACCAACUUCUUGAGUUAUGAUUCACCUGUGUUGAUCACCUACAUACGACCUCCGUUAGACAAGAGUGUGAGAAUGGAUGGGCUGGUCACAGUGACAGGAAGGUCUUACGUUACGGUUGACUCGAGCUUAGCUACUCGACUGGGAUACACCAAUUGUGAAAAAGUUGGAACGACCUCCAAGUUUUACUUCUACGACAUUCCUACCCUGAGCUCCGUGCAAACUCCGAAUGUGGUGUUUUCCGAAACAACGUUAAUUACAGUGUAUGGAAAGAAUUAUGGAGAAGCUGCAUUCACGGACAUGAUAAGAAUUGGCGGAACGGCCUGCGAAAACAGUAGUUGGCUGUCGGAUUCAGCCGUCAUUUGCAAACCAGGGAGUGCGCACUUCCUUCCGAAGACCGGCCUUCCUGUCAUCGUCUCACUCGGAGAGAGCAGGCUCCGGCAGAUCCAAACAGUUUUCACUCUCACUCAGUGUGCGGAAAUAUGUGGACAGCCAGGGCAGCUCGGGCAGAUAGAUCUGUACCUGGUCAGUGAAGGGGUAUGGCGCACCAUGCGCAGGAAGUCGAGAUGGAGGGCGGGGGCAGGAGGCAAGAAGAUGAAGACUUGAGCGAAGUGUCGCAAGUGUGCACCAUGAGCGAAUUGACCGGCGACCUGCCAUGGCCAUGCAGUGUGAAACUUCUGCCAGAGCACGACAGGCUUGAGAACCAACUCCAUGAUGCGGAUGCUGCUUGCGAGGGAUCACCGAGAUUGCUGCAAGCAGAUUUCACCUACAAGGGAAUCAGCAAGUGCCUGCAGUGGAAGGGCCCGCAAGGAGGAGCUUCGCUGCUGCAUAUCAUCUCGAAAGCGUUUGGGAUCCCUCUCCGAGGAGGGGCGAACCCCAAGGGCAAGCUGAUCUACUUGAUUGACAGCAAGACAAACGAGGUCGUUGACAUCGACCUGCCGCUGAGCGAUGGAGGCUCCUACACCGUCCGCGUCGAACCCGAGGAUUCUUCUCCCUUCAACAUUGUCCCUUGCCUCGUGGCGUUCUGUACUUCACGAUACGAGCCAGGCAGGCUGAAGCUCCAUCAGUAGAGGCUGCGAGACGGUUUGUAGCAAACUACCACCGUUGUGACGAUGCGAGUGUGACGGGCGAGUUAGUCUUUGAGCUCAAGGGUGUGUGAAACUAAGAAUUAAACUAAUGUCUGCUG